AUGGCCGUGGAUGUCUUCUUCGUAGCUGCACGAUCUCGUGUGGCUCGGUGCAGUCCCUUGAGCCGCGACUCGCUGAAGCAUGCAAAGGACGCUGUCAAAGCCAACAGACUUGCAUCUCCUCCAACCGUGGGACAUGACAGCAACGACUCGGAAACAUUCGAUGAGAAUCCACAUGUACGGCGACCAGAACCGAGUGCUCAUUGCAAAACCAGGUCCCCCAAAAGACUUAGCAACAAGGCUAGGCCAACGAUCGAGGAGUCGACGGCCAAGCUGCUCGACCUCCCAACAGAAAUGCUCGCUGUAAUUGCAGAAUUUUUAGACAGCAAGGACCUUCUCGCAAUGAGACUGACACACAGUAUCCUCACGGGUGCUGUGGACGACGCUUUCGCAAUAGCCUUCUUCGCACAUCGUAAACACUUGUUCACCACUCACAGUCUCGACGUCUUGGCCAGGAUUUGUUGCAGACCCAAUUGGGCGCGGAAAAUGCGGUCUCUCGAGCUUUGCACGAUCGGACUCGAUCGUGAGAAGUACGGCCCGGGCACAGGUUCCGCAGCGAAGCACCGCACAAGAGGUGCUAGACGUCGAGGAGACAUUUACGCAAGAUUCGUGGAGGAGGUUGAAGGUGAUGAAAGCGAGAUUCACGAACUACUCAUCACAAUACUUGGUAGAUUGGACGACCUUGAAAAUUAUGUGGAGAUAGCACUCUCAGCGGGUUCUAGUGCACGGCGAAUAGAAGGCUUCUAUGGGCUUCCGCGACUCCUUGAGAACCUUGACGAUGAAGUGCGUUCAUGCGAUCUGGUGACCGAAGAAUGCAACGAUGCAUUCGUAAGUCUCAUGAAGACCUUGGAUCGUGUGGACUAUUUCCUCACCGAGUUCGAUAUUUCCGGGGGCGAGUUGAGUCUGACUUCAUUCGAUACCCUGAUCCGAGAUCAACCGAGUUGUCCGAUGAUGUGGUCUAAUCUGGCAAGCCUUGAUCUCAGCUUUGCGCAUCCGCACAGUCAGUGGCAUGCUCCUCAUACAAGCGCAUUGGAGGCGUUCUUCGCCGAGGCAACCGCAUUGACGCUCUUGUCCUUCCAUGUCGAGGAGGAUAGGCCAGAAUCUUUCUUAACAGCAACAAACUGCACCAACUGGCUGGCGAAAACUACGUCACACAUGCAUCUACGAGAUCUCAGCCUAUGGGGCCCUGCAGCGAAAAUCGACGAACUUAUGGCUCUGGCGAACACACAUGCGAGCACACUGCGCAGUCUCGGUGUCUACACGAUCAACCUACCCGGACACGAGUGCUGGUCCGAAGCGCUGUUGUCACUCAGGGAGCUGGAUCUCGAGAGAUUCGGUAUGGGCAACCUGAGUAGAGGUGCUGACGAAAGCCUCUUCAUGAUGAUUGUCGAUGGAGAGAGCCGGGAUAUCAUCGAGAUUAACGGUGACAGGGAAGAGGUAUUACGAGGUCUGGAGGACUUGGCCCAAGAUCCACGUUAUGAAGAUGCGGAGUAG